AUGGCCAACGAGCUAAAAAGACUAUGCUGCUUUGUAAUUCGCGAAGACUUUGGGGAUCUCGUUGAGGUGCUUAUCCUGCGCUCAGACUAUUUCCCAUGCCCGUAUUUCACUUUUAACAUUAAAGCUUUUUUUCUACAAAAGAAACCGGCAAAGCUCCUCUUUGAGAAAGGUCGCCUUCCAGCAGCUUUAAUAGCAAGAUAUAGCGGUCUUCCAUUGGAGAAAGUCAAGGAAUGCUUGUUUAUACUAAUACAGCACAAUCUUGUAUAUUGGGCACGCGAGGUACCAGAUCAGAUAAAAUCACCUAUCUACUAUCAGAUCGACAGUAGGGAGGUGCUGUCACGGCUAAAAUUUGGUGUCUAUCUCAACCACACCAGAAAUCGGUUUGGAAAUGAAGGCCAAGUUAUAAUAACCUACGUUCUUCUAAACGGAAAAACAUCUUUCAAGAGCCUUGUAGAAGCGCGAAAUUUGUCAAAACGAACGAAAGAGUAUAAAACACUUAAAGAAAAGUAUGCAGAGCUUGUGACCGAAGGUUAUCUAAAAUACUUGAAAUAUACCGAUGCACUUUCUGCACAAGACCAGCAAGAUGCAGCAGAGCAGCGAGAGUUGGCAAAAAUGACCACGUUUGUUCCCACCAAAAAGGAAAAAGCAGAAGCUCGGGCGAAAGUUGCUGAGCGCGGCAACGCUGAAUCACUAGUCGGAAAGAAACGAAAAAAGACUGUAGUGGAGGAGGACCAUUCACGUCUAAGCAAGCAACCGAGAACAGAAGAUACUUUCGAAUUUGUUGAAGAUGCGCAAGUUCGCGUUAACUACGAAAGAUUUAAUAUACUGGCGCGUAAUGAUCAUAUCACAUCAUUUGUAGAGGAAAGAAUAAAUCCGGCAGCAAAGCUAGUAAUGAAGGUUAUCCUCGAACUUGCUGAUGAAAAACGCCUAGAUGCAGAAGAGUCUAGGGCGAUGUCGGCCCAGACAAUAAUAAGAAAAGUCCCAACAGAAGAUACUUUGGAAGAUCAAAUAGAGCUAGAGAGGCAAGAUCCAUCCCAUGAAUAUCUCGUGAGUGAAUACCUCGAUCUUUUGGUAGAGGACGGUGCAAAGUUUAUCCGAAAGAAAGACGAUAGUAUGAGCGGGUUAUAUUCUGUAAGAUACAAGGAUCUAAUCGAAAGAUUAAAACAAAGGAAAUUAGAAAGCAUAUUGCAAGAGAAGUAUGGGAGCAUGGCUGUCAGAAUAUACAAGAUCCUACAAUCAAAGGGUAAACUAGAAGAAAAAAAUAUUGCUUCGCUGGCAAUGCUGACGCAAGCUGACGCCCGUAAAAUUAUUGACCAGCUUUUUGUCGAAGGACUUGUGGAGCUACAGCUUCUUACAUGUGCUAUAUUGACCGUCAACCAGGAGGUACCCAAAGCAGCGGACCGGGCUCCAUCGCGAACCUAUUAUCUCUGGUAUGCUGAGCCAGAAAGAUGCUAUCAAAAAAUUCUCACAUGUUUAUAUCGUACCCUUGGUAAUAUACAUGAGCGGAGAAUGUGCGAAAAAGAAGGCUAUGCCCGACUUAUUGAGCGAAGAGCUAUCGCAAGAUUGCGUUCUACUGUGCACUUAAUGACUCCAGAAGAGAAAGAGCAAUUACGCAUUUUUGAUCAAUCUAUGGAACGACUAGACGUUGCUGCACUGAGAAUAGUGAAUUUGGUUAUGAUUUUAACUAAUUAUCGAUGA